AUGUGCAGCCCUUCGUGCUCGAUGCGGCAGUCGACGGCGCGUUUCGGGCAGUCGAGGGGCUGGAUAUGGUCGCCGCGAGCCAUCGGCGGCGGAUGCUUCGAUUUUUCUUCGCGUGUUGCGUCGAGCGUGGACCCUCCGAGGGCGAGUAUAUUCGCCCUGCUCUCCUCGGCUGCCCCGCCCCGUCUCCUUUCCCUCUCCUCUCGCCCCACCACCCCUUCGUCCGCCCUCCCCGUCUCUGACGUGCCUCGCAACGCGGACACCCUACAGACCGCGCAGUAUUUCAUCUUCGUGACGCAAAUCCACUUCUGUGCGAUGUACGCCAUCAUCGUCUGGGACUGGUUCUUUGGUCUCCAGCGGGAGUACCGCUUCAUCUGGAAGACGAGCUGGACACCUGUAAAAGUGGCCUACCUGUUCUGCCGGUAUUGGGUGUUGGCCGUCGUCCCUUACCUUCUGUAUGCCUUCGCCGUCAACCAUACUGAGGAGACAUGCCAGCGGAUAUUCAAGAUCCCCGUUGCUCUUGCCAUGUGGAACCAGGUCGCUGCAGAGAGCAUCCUCCUGAUCAGAACCUACGCAUUCUUUAAUCGCAACAUCUACGUUCUUGUCCUCCUUGUCUCGGCCCUCUCCGGUGUUGUUGCGUACCAGCUUUACGUCGCAACAUCUCAGAUGGACCUUCUUCCCUUUAUGCCCCCUCAUGCCAUCAUGGGCCCUUGUUUCCCCAUGUCGAAGCCUCAUUCGGCGCACCUCCUCGGAUUCUUCAUCGCGCCGCUGUUGUAUGACACGAUGGUCACGUUCAUGACGAUCGGCAAGGCGAUCACUAUCCGCCGUCGUAACGGUGGGCCGAGCAGUCGACUCAUCCAAACGUUCCUUCGUGAAGGCGUCUUUUAUUACAUUCUCAUCUCCAUCGCCAAUCUCGUCAACGGUAUCUUCUACCUUCAACCUCGUCAAGCCAUUUCGGCCAUCUGCAUACCACUCAGUGUUAUGCUCUCGCCUGUACUUGCCUGCAGGCUCAUUCUUGAUCUCCGUGAGCGGGGUUCGGAGACUGUCAGCCAAUCGGCGGGCACUAUUGCCUUCACCGCUGGCCCUACAUCGUCGAAGUCAAGUCCGGGCUCGCCGUUCUCUGGUUUGGGUUUUGGUUUCGGAAUGCAGGGUCGCUCGGGCUCAAAGGCGAUUGUACGUACCCAGGGCGUCGUGCUGAGCACGAUUGGAAGCAUUCCUGGCGACACGCUGGGCACGACGAGCGGGAUGGAGAUGGACAAUAUACAUUACCAGAAGUCGGACAUUGAGGCGGCCUUGUACACCGGCGGCGUCUCGCUUGGGAGUCCUGUCAGUGGAAUUCGAGUGGAUGUGGAGAAGACGACCAUGUAA